UGCUAAAACUACCAGCCGCACUACCGGGACAUGUGGCCGAGAAUUUCUGAAAGGUGUACUCGGUUUUUAGCCACAAACAAGUUUAGCUUACCACGUUUAGCUCAGCGGUUUGUUAGCAUUUCAUAGAAAAAAGUUUGGAUCACCAACACAGUUUGGCGUGUAAAAGCCAAGCACGGGAGCACUUUAACCUGUGGGGAUCAGGACGGCCCGGGGCUGGACAUGACAGGAGCUGAAAGCGAUGGCCAGGGGCCGCCCCCUGACGGAAGCGACGGUGAGGAGGCAGAGCGAUGCCCUAUCUGCUUGGGUGUCCUGGCUAGAGGAGAGCUUGCCAUGCCUGACAGCUGCUGCCAUGUCUUUUGCCUGGGAUGUCUCCUCACUUGGGCAGAGUUGCAGAUGGUCCCCUCUUGUCCAGUGGACAGACGACCUUUCAGCAAUGUUUACAGAUGGGAUGGGAGUCUACGGUGUGUCAAGGUUCCUGUGAGGAGACGAGUAGCAGAACCUGAAGCUGAAAAUGGUCGAAACACCGAACAUGAAGUGUGUCUCAAAAGCAACCUUUGGAAAAGGUCCACAAGACAAAAGUCGGAGACGAUGGCCCAUUCCAAAACAAAAGGACUUGUGAGGAAAUGCAACAACGACCCAUCGUCAGUGAGCCGAAAAAAGGUGAGAGCAACAGCGUGCUGUGCGUGGCCGUCACCUCUAUUGAUGUCAUUAACCACGUCAACGCAGGACAUUACAGAGCCGUUGCUGGUGACAGAGGACAUACUGUAUGAAACAAAACGGUGCAAACGUCAGGUGCAAGAUUGCCUGUGGUUCUCUCCUGAUGCUCCCAUAACUGCGACUGGAACCUCAAGUUUCCUUCCCACUAAUAGGAACCACAGUCCAUUUACAUUUGGUCUCUGUUCAUCUCCCAUUACCUCCACGUCAUCAUUUGGACCUGGUCAUUUUGUUUUCCAGGUUGUGGUCUGCGCCAUUACUUGUCCUAAAGGAGGAGAGAAGCGGGGUGGACGGGCCUCAAACUCCAAAGUUCCCAGCAAAAAAGCAGAGUCUCUACCGUCCAGACGAUCAGGGCGCAACAGUAAACCCGAGGGUGAGCCGGCCGUGUCUGACCCGUCAUCUCCGCCACAAUCCAGUGUGUCCGACUCAGACUCAUCCAUCAGCCAGCCCUCCAAGCCGGGCCGGACUUCUCAGGUGCCAGGCAAAAGGAAGGGCAAGCAGGUAACAAACCGAAAGGCUGGUGGAAAACGGAAAAACACGAGAAAACAGCAGUCGUCUGAGUUUGUUGAAAGCCCAACAGCAAGCGAGGAUGAUGAGGUGGAUAGGAUUGACAGCACUGACAAGGAAGGAGACGAAGAUGAAGUGAAAGCUGAGAUGAACAACUCUGAGCAGCCUUCUGAUGCAGAAGGAAGUCUUAAUGCAGAUCAGGACAGUGUAGAUUCACCUGACGAGCAAAGAGCUGCAGAACCUUUAAGCAGUGAUGUGGAGCAGGACACGAAUGAGACAAUAGACAAAGACUCUCAUGAACAAAAACCAGAUGAGGGUGACAGCCACCCAUCUUCUCCCUCAAGCUCCCCUCCAAAAAGCCCUGAGUCAUGCUCAGAUGGCAAACCCAGCAUGCAAGAAGCGGAAGCCCCUGACAUGUCAACUUCAACCAGAGAAGAUGAGAAGAUCUCCACAUCGCCCUCAGAACCAGAGAACCCCAUGUCUCCAGACUGCGACAAGAUAGCUGAACAGGAUGAUGAAAUGGAGAUUUGUGCAGCCUCAGAAGAAAGCAAUGAUGCAAAACCUUUAAAGGAACAGCAAGCAAUAGUGUGUAAAAUCCUCAUGCAUGCUGAACAGUCUGAGGAAAAGAUUGCUAUCCAAGAAACAAAAGAAUCUGAGGACUCUGGUUCAAAAACAUGUAGAACAACAGAGUCAACAGAAGCGGACACUUCUAGGGAAGGAAUCAAGGAUGACAGUCUCACCAAAGAUGAUACUAAUGUAGUUCCUAUGGACUGUAGUUCACCCUCGAGCGAGCAUGGUGGCAAUACCAAUUUGGAUGUAUCAGACGAGAGGAUAGCAUCAGCUGCUGCCGGAAUUCCUUCCUCUGUUAAGCAAGAAAGUUCCAAGGACCAUGAGGAGAGAGACCUGAGCCAUGAGAGGAAGAAUGGCAGACAGCGGCGCUCUCGCUUCCACUCCCCAACCUCCUCCUGGUCUCCUAAGAGGGACUCCAGACGACAGCCAUCCAGGCGCUCGCGCUCUCAUUCGAGAGAACGUGCCAGCAGCCCGCCCUCCAGCCAGUCCUCCCGUCCUCGCAGCAGAGAAAGAGAUCGGGAGCGAGACAGAGAGAGAGACUACUCUAGGAGGGACCGUAGUCGUGAGAGGAAGAGGAGGCGAUCCAGGAGCCGUUCCAGAUCUAGGUCACGGUCUCGCUCAAGAACGAGAUCUUACAAACGCGGGUCCAGCCCGGAACACCCGCCCUCGAGCGAUAAGUCUCCCCAGAGGAAAGACCGACAGGGUGGCUGGAGGUCAGGGCAGGGCAGCGAGGGACGGAGGUAUCAUGCAGGCGCUGGUCGCUUUGAAAAUGGCAUCCCAUCCGAAGCGUCACCUGAAUGCCAGGGCUGGUCAGACAAUCCUGACUGGGUGACAGAAAAGACUCGCAGCGAAGCUGAGAGCAGGAGCUGGGACUUUAGUGGUGGCUCUCGAUGGGAAGACCGAGGGAGCAGGGGGGAGUCGAAAGGUCGUGGAGGCUAUGAACGUGGCCGGGGGGCAGGGUGGGGUGCUGGCAACCGCGGCUUUCACAGCCAGCAGGAGGAUGACAACCGCAGACAGCCACGAAACAACUCAGGUACAGGCAACAAUUCAGGGACUGACGCCUACAGCCGCUUCAACGAGAAUCGCGGUGGUGGCCGCAGGAAACAGGACUCAGAGACUGGCGACUCCAUGCUGGAUCGCUCAGGCUGGUCAUCAGCAUCCAGCUGGGCGGUCCGGAGGACACUUCCUGCGGAUGUUCAGGAUUAUUACUCCAAGAGGGAGAGAGGGGGAGCAGGCGCUUGGAACAGAACAGAGGAGGAACAACCGGCAUCAGAUCCCCCUAAAAGUGACCCUACCCUUCAGGCCAUACCAGGCAACGCACCGGCACCUGUGCUGACUGUGAUGCCGCCGCCGCCGCCGCCUCAGCUCAAUGUCCUUCAUCAUCACUUCCCUCUGCCAGGACCUCGGGGUCCCCUGCCGGUCAGCUUGCAGCCCACAGCGCCGUACGCAAUGCCCCCUCCAGUCCCUGUGCACCUCCACCCUGCCGUGCCGCUGCUUCAGGUGCCCGCUGUUGGCGCUCAGGUCCUCCCGCCACCUCCCCCGCCGCCGCCCCCAAUGCAGCAAGGGAGCCAGACAGCAGCAGCUCAGGCUGAUGGCCACACACAGAUGAGUACUGUGGCCACUUACGGAAAGCCAGGCCUGCUUCCUGCUUCAAGCAAAGUAGUUGUUGCUGUGGCAACCCAAGGUCAGCAAGCAGUCAACCAGGUGCUACCAUCGUCUACAACACAGUCAGGCCAGCAUAGCAAGGCCCAAGCGGACAGCUCCAAAAAAGAAAAGAAACAGCAAAUCCAAGAGAAAGCUGUAAAUGAAGUGAAGACAGCCAUAAAACCUUUUUACCAAAAGAAGGAAAUCACAAAGGAGGAGUACAAGGAGAUUGUCCGCAAAGCAGUAGAGAAGGUGUGUCACAGCAAGAGUGGUGAGGUGAACGCAAGUAAGGUGGCCAACCUGGUGAAGGCCUAUGUAGACAAAUACAAACACGCACGCAAAAAGUGAAUCACCACCUUAAUGCGGCGCAGCACUGCCCUCACAGACCCAUUGUGCAGCUCAAGUGCAAUUUCCUCUAGCUGGAAUUUAGCCUCCAAACUCGACAAUGAUGGAGAGCCGUGAUUUCUGUUUUUGAUAUCUCUACCUUUUAAUGAACUACAGUAUAUAGAUUGUUUUCUAUAGAUUUUCAUAUUUUGUUAGGAAAAAAAGAAUGACCCAAUCAAAAAUUGUAAUGCAAGAGCCCUUUAUUUUGCAUAGAUCCUGACCUGCAGAACUGCUGUAAGGAGAGCAUUGUGGCGUUUUGGGGGUGGUUGGGCGGGUAAUUUGAUACAAAAAUGCACCGCUUAGUAAAUCGUGUCUGCUUCUGUUGUUGAGAGAAUCUUCUAGGCUGCUGGCUGGAACUACGGAUUCCUCCUGUAUGGAAUCCUGAUUGCAAAAAUAUGUUCUUUUAAAACAAAAAAAAAAAGAAAAGUAUAUUCUGUAAUAUUCCAAAUAGUUUAAAAGCCUGCAUUCAUCUCAGUGGCCAGAUUUUUUAUUAUAACUGUCGCCCUGUUUGGUUGAGUAUCAGGAGAACAAAUCAGCAGCGAGUGUGUAAUAUAAGACACAGGUCCUGGGAGGGAACAAAUAAGGUGAAAUGAACCCUACCCACACCUGGAUGUGUAGUGAAUGUCAAUGCAUCAAGAUGAACUGUGCAAAGUAUCCAGAGAGUAGUGAAAUAAAGUAGCUGCUUCCUGA